UUUUGACAAAAAUGCAUAGUUAAACUAAUCAUAGUUAUAUUAAAUUACUGUGGUGCUUUUCACAGUUUUGUGUCCUGAUGUCCUUCUGUCUUUUCCAUAUCUAGGUUUGGGGAAUAACAGAGGCCUGAUGCUUCUUAUAUGAAGCAAUCUCACAGAUGGAUGAACGCAGCGCUCAAGAUAAAGGCGUAUAUCAGAAAUGGAGAAUAAAGACAGAAAGUAAAGACUCAGGAAGUCACUGAGGGAAGUUUAGUGGUUUCUUGCGUCACAGUCACUUUACACUGAAGCUUGUGCCGGUGCAGAGAGAAAGCUAUAUUUCAUUUCUCUGGAUAUGAAGCAUCCGUCCCGUCAAGCAGAGACGCACGAUGUAGCUGAUUUAGUGAAUGUCAGCGCAUGAGACUUUCCUUGAAACUCAUCAAAUACUGCGAGAAAUUCUACAGCAGCCGUCAUGUGAGCUUUAACUUCAGUGAUUCACACAAACACCCAUUAAAUCAGCUCUCUCUCACACACACACACACACACACACACACAAGGCCUGGAUGUUAGAGAGGAGGUGAAGGAAAAGCAAGAUGAGGAGAGGCCGGAAAAAAGGAUGCAAUCGGGACAAAGUGUUCGGAUGCGACCUGCUGGAGCACCUCAACUCCACCGGACAGGACAUUCCUCUAGUGUUACGCAGCUGUAGUGAGUUCAUCGAGAAACAUGGGAUCGUCGACGGGAUCUACAGACUCUCUGGAGUGUCCUCCAACACACAGAAGCUACGGAGUGAGUUCGACAGUGAAGGAUCUCCUGACCUGUAUAAGGACCUGUAUCUGCAGGACAUUCACUGCGUCAGCUCUCUGUGUAAGGCGUAUUUCAGAGAGCUGCCCAAUCCUCUGCUCACAUACGAGCUGUACGACCGCUUCGCCGACGCAGUGGCGGUUCAGCUGGAGGACGAGCGGCUGGUGAAGAUUAAAGAGGUUCUCAAGGAUCUCCCAGCUCUUCAUUACAGGACUCUGGAGUUCUUGAUGCGUCAUCUGGUCAAGAUGUCCACAUUCGCCUCUCAGACCAACAUGCACUCCAGGAACCUGGCCAUCGUCUGGGCCCCCAACCUCCUCAGAUCGAAGGACAUCGAGUCGACCGGUUUUAACGGCACCGCGGCGUUCAUGGAGGUUCGGGUUCAGUCCAUCGUGGUGGAGUUUAUUCUCACUCAUGUGGCCGAGGUUUUCUCAGGAACCGGAUUGUCUGUGGAGCGCAGGAAGUCCCUGCCGUCUCCCUCCAUACUGUCCUGUACAGAAGAGCAUUUCUUCAAGUCUUUACCGUUACACUGUCCAGGAAACCUCAGUCCAGGAGACGGACCUCCGCCCAUGCGGCCGUACCACGCUAUUAUUGACGGCACUGACAAGAGGAAGGGUUCCCUCAAAGGUAGAAAGUGGAAAUCCAUUUUUAAUUUGGGCGGGAGACUCCACGAUCCACGCAAGAAGAACAAAUACUGCCCUAAAGAUAAAGAAACGAUGUCUCUGAGGCCAGCAAAGAGCAUGGACUCUCUGAGCCCAGGGGCUUAUGCAGCAGACGAUUCCAAACAUCUUCCUCCUCUGGUUGUGUCCACGGCAUCGGGCAGCUCAGAGGGCGUGGCUUCUGUUGGUGGGGGCGUGUCCAGUGGAUACGCGGUGACUUACAGGCGAACGGGUGGAGCUCAGGUCAGCAUGGUGAGUGGAAGAACCUCAGGAACCUUUAACCGUCUGGAGUCUGGGGGCGGAGCCGAGGGCGUGUUGCAGAGCAUGAACAGAUCACCCGGAAUGACCAGCAAAGCAGAACGGCGCGCUGGGAUACACAUAUCAGGGCCAUUUUCUGUGACCGUCCCGCUUCAUAUAACGUCUGGACUGGCUCUGGGUGUCCUGCACGGCGGCUGGAACGAGAGGGAACAAACUCAGCAAGGAGACGAAGCUGAAGACGAGGACCUUAAGAGCACAGAAACAGAGACGACGGAGUCCACAGAUGGGAAUCAACAGAACAAAAAUGAUGAUGUUCAAGAGAGGGAAAGAGAAACUAAUAGUUAUGUGAAAAGCCAGGAGGACUGUGGGAAGGAUAUGGCAGAGAUUACAAAAAAGGAGAGUGCCAUGCCAGAAAACGGAGAUUCAUCGAAUGCCAAAGAAGCAGAAAAAGAACAUCUGAGUCAGAAUCAAGAGUCUGUUAAGGAAAUUGCACAAGAUACACAACCACAAAAUAAAGAUGAAAACACAGAAGAGGAUUACAUGGAGAUGAGAGGAAACCUCCAUCAGGAACCCAUCAGUCCAAACUACUAUGAGGACAUGGAGUUUCCAGAACCAGAUCUGCCACUGGAUUUCCAGGAAGCUUUCGGGUUCCUGGAUUCGAUGGACAGUUGUGCUGGAAACACGGUUGAGUUCUCAGUCGAGGCGCCUUGUUUUGAGAACGAAUAUGAGUAUGAGGAGGAUGAAAAAAAGGACAGUCUGUCGCAAAUCUGCACUAAUGAGCGUCAAACACCUGGAGCCAAAAGCAGCAGCCCAUCCUUCACACACCGGGAUCUUCCUGGAAAAUCACACAGCCUGCCGUAUAAGUCCCGCCCCUUCCUGCCACCACUGUCAUUAUCUUCAGACGACGAGUAUAGCCCCGCUGAUGAUGAUGAGUCUGAUAAAGGUUCUGAAUAUGAGGAGAUGUUUUGUCAGAGUCUACCAGCCAGUCGGGGUUUUCAGGGACUGUCUUGGUCGAGUCCACAAACCACCGCUGACAUAUCUACAAGCAAUGAUGUAGAUCUACACACUAGUAACCAAUCAAACGCACUUCCUUCAGAGAUCAAUGAUGAUGUGCAAUCCAUCGGCCAAUCAGAAGAGGCGAUUCCUGCUGAUUCUGCAGUGACAGACAGCAGUGAACCUGCUUUUGACCCAUCGCUUUGUGAAGAACAUCUGAGUUCAGCUGUAUUAAAGACACAUGAAGUGUGUAUGGAUGAAAAGAAGAACGACGAGAGAGAGUCAACGGAUGUGGAGAAUGAUAAACACACACUGAUAGGAGAAGAUGAUCCAGAGAGUGAACCCAGUGAAGAAGACACUUAUUUUGGACCGGACUCGAUUCCUUCUUCACCAGAACCCGACCAAACUGAGACCGACAGCAUCAGUGUUCCUGAGCCCAUCCCAGCACUGUCUCCAGCCGAAGAUGCUCAGCAGGUGCUGGAUGCUGCGGGUUACCAUGGUAACAGUGAGGUACCAAUCACCGAUGAGCUCACGGAUGCAGACUGCGUUUCGCCGGCUCCUCAAGACCAACCAGAGGAACAAUCACAGAUUAUCAAUGAAACAAAGACUGAAGAGGAUGAGAAGAGAGAGGAAACAGAAGUUCUAGUGGAGUUGGAAAAAUGCAGGGAAAAUCAAGAAGAAGAGUGUGAGAACAACAACAAGACAGAUACAGAUGAAGGAAAGUGUGAAGAUGUUGCAGAAGAUGCAAAACCUGGAUCUCCAGAGGAAUGUAGUGAUGGGAACAAAGAACAAAAACAAGUGAACCCAACUGAAAGAAAAGAGGAUUUCAUGGAAAAUAGUGGAGAUUGUGAGGAAAAUGGAAACGAUGGACCUGAGGAAGGAGAACAAGAGAAAAACGAUGCUGAAAGACAAGACGAUUCAAAGGAAAACAGUGGAGAUUGUGAGGAAAAUGGAAACAAUGGAUCUAAAGAAGGAGAACAAGACAAAAACGAUGAUGAAAGACAAGAAGAUUCAAAGGAGAAUAGUGGAGAUUGCGAGGAAAAUGCAGAAGAUGGAUCUAAAGAAGGAGCCAAAAGACAAGAUUUAGAGAAAAACAGUGAAGAAGGAGAUGAAGAACCGAAAAGACAAGAAGUUUUGAUGGAGAUUAACAGAGAAUCGGAGAAGGUAGAUGAGGAACAUACAAAAGACCGAAACGAAGCUGAAAGACGAGAAGAUUUAGAGAAAACAAAUGGAGAAUUUGAGGAGAAUGCAAAAGAGGGAGAAAUACACAGAAACGAAGCUGAAACACAGAAAGAUUUAGAGGAAAGCAGUGAAGGAUACUCUGAGGAGGACGUGAACCCAAAAACAGAAAGUCUUUCUCCUGAAGGUGGAGACGAGCCGGAAGAGUCCACACCCAUGCAGCGACCAAAUGAGAUUGAACUCCAACAAACAGAAAACAAAGAGACUGAAGAGGAGACGUCCGAUCAGAUCUCAGCAGCGCCUGCCAAACGCUCUCCGCGUAAACCUGCCAAUCCCACCAAAGCGGUUCCCGUAGUCCCUCCCAAACCUCAGACGUCCAAACUCACGGCGUUCUCGCUCAGAAAACAGCUCCAGCACAGACAACACGACGAUAAAGAGGCGCAUGGCGAGACCACCGACCAAGAACACGGAACCGAAACUAAAACGCCGCAGAGAGAAAGCGCAGAGAACUGUAAGACACACCCGAGGUUGGACUCCGAGGGUCCCGGAGAGAGACGGGAAGCAUGGGACGGAGGAGCGGAUCAAAGGAGAGACGCAGACAAAGAGGCCAAGAGGAACAGCGGCAUCAGUAUGUGCUUCGAUCAAGCUGUGGCUCGAGCCACGGAGAAGAGGAGCCGAGAGAGAGGGAGCACAGAGAGACUGUCCGGAGCGCACUGGGACAGAGAGAGCCGGAAAGACGGGAAAACUGACUCACUUGAUAUCUAAAGAGAAGAGCAGACCUGUAAAACAUAAUGUGCAAAGAAAGUGUUCACAUUUUCUUUCAACAUACUCAUUUUCACACAUCUGGUUGGGUUUGUACAGCAUCUCAGAGCAUUUAUUAUCACAUCAAUAUUCAAGGGUCAAAGACGUUAAGAAAUUUGCAAAAGUCAUUCUACUGUACGUCUCUCGAAAGCACGUUAAAUGUAAGUGUUUCAAAGUUUUUGGAGAGUAAAAUGUCAGAAUUUGGUUGGAACAAUGUUACAAUGUCAUUCAGAGUGUAACACGAUAUGUCUGUAAAAAUGUAAACAACGUGAUCGUUCUGAUGUGUACAUAAUAAAAUAUAUAUAAGAAUAAGGGAGCAUAUUAAAUUUGAAAAAGGACUAAACCUAGGAUAAAAAAACGAAUUAGUAUUUGGGGUGAAAGUAAUUAGUCAUAAAUUGAUUUUUGCUGUAAAUAUGCCUGAUGAGGUUGUUACACUGAAUGACAUUUUAGUGGGUGUCUUCUGUAAAUCAGGGAAAAAUGUAUGAUAUUUAUUUUUUUGCUUAGAAAAAGUAAAACAAAAUUGCAAUUAAAUUAAACAGAAAAUGUUUUAAUAUUUUUUGGGGGGAGAAAAACAACAAUUUAAAGCAGGAUUACACUUGCUUUUAAUGCUUCAACCCUUUUUCGUCUUUGACCCUCAUGCAAAAUAAAAUAGUUGGUUACUAACCAGCUGCUUUAUAAAUAUUCAUUAACCAGUUGAUCAUUUUCAGCCAAAAUUUUUAGACUUUUUUUAAUGUUUUGAUCAUUGUGUCGGAUUAUAUAUCCUAAUGCACUCAAAUGAAUAUAAAAACUCAGGAACAAAUCCAUAAGAGACAGAACACAGCCACUUAAUUAAGACAAUCUGUAUAUGAUGUUUUAUGUAUUUUCAUCUCUGUAUACAUUUUAUUUCAAUAAAUUAGAUUUUUCAUGA